GAGGGGGUGGGGGGCAGAGAGACCCAGAGCCGGAGCUCGGAGCGCAGUCCUCCUGGGGCGUCUCCGCCGCCUCGAACCACGAUGAGAAGGGGCUCCCAGAGGAAACUCCUGCUGCUGGUCUCCCUGGUCCUCUCGCUCCUGUGGGCAGGGCGCCACCUCAGGAACCGGGGGGCGGAGCUCCGGCUCUCGGACUGGUUCGACCCCAGGAAGCGGCCCGACGUGGUGACGACCACAGACUGGCUGGCGCCCGUCAUCUGGGAGGGCACCUUCGACAGGCGGGCGCUGGGGCGGCACUACCGGAGGCAGAACCUCACGGUGGGGCUGGUGGUCUUCGCCGCCGGCAGGGCCGCCGACCAGUACCUGGAGGCCUUCUUACAAUCGGCCAACAAGCACUUCAUGCCCGGCUACCGCGUGGUCACCUACGUCCUGGUGGAGGACCGGGACCAGCUGCCGCCCCUGCCGCCCGUGCCCCUGCGCUCCGUCCGCGUCCUGGCCGUCCGGCCCGACAGCUGGUGGCCGGACCGCAGCCUGUCCCGCAUGAAGAACCUGGGCGAGUCCAUCCUCAGCCACAUCCGGGGCGAGGUGGACUUCCUGUUCAGCAUGAGCGUGGACCGCGUCUUCCAGAGCGACGUGGGGGCCGAGGCGCUGGGCGCGGCCGUGGCCCAGCUGCACGCCUGGUGGUACUUCCGGGACCGGCGCCACUUCCCCUACGAGCGGAGGCCCCGCUCCGCCGCCUGCAUCCCCUUCGGCGAGGGCGACUUCUUCUACGACGGCGCGGUGCUGGGCGGCACGCCGGCGCGGGUGCUGGACCUGGUGCGGGCGUACCUGGGCGGCGCGCUCCAGGACGCCCGGCGGGGCCUCAACAGCACGUUCGAGAGCCACCUGAACAAGUACUUCUUCCUGCACAAGCCCACCACGCUGCUGUCGCCCGAGUACAACUGGGACGCCAACCUCCACCCGCCCCUGCAGGUGCGGCUGGUCAAGGUGCUGCAGCUGGCCAAGCGGGACCCGUGACCCCGCCCCCACCCACCUCGCUCGGCCGGCCGCCGGGGCUCCCGGCACAGACACCGCCAGCCGCCGGCCCGGACGGAGACGCGCACCCCGCCGGCAGGAGGCUUCCUCCUCGCGAUGACGGACCCCCAGGUUGGCCAAAGCCGGAUAAAGACUAAGAUGCUGAUUGAAUGUUUAAUACGCUGCAAUGCUCUGUAUGCGGCAGGGAGCCCGCAGAUAAUUUUGGAGGCAGAAAAUAAACAAUUUUUUUUGAA